UGCCACUUCGUGGGAAUUGAUAUUUUCAAUGGGAAGAAGCUCGAAGAUAUUGUUCCUUCAUCUCACAAUUGUGACGUUCCACAUGUUGAUCAUGUUGACUAUCAGCUUAUUGACAUCUCUGAAGAUGGUUUUGUCUCUCUUCUAACAGAAAGUGGAAGUACCAAAGAUGACCUGAAGCUUCCCACAGAUGAGGUUAUGUUAAAGCAUAUCAAAGAUGGAUUUGGGGAAGGGAAGGAUCUUAUAGUGUCAGUCAUGGCUGCAAUGGGAGAAGAGCAGAUUAACGCAGUGAAGGAUAUCAGUGGUGAUGGUCCUAAAUAGUGAAAAGCCAGACAGCCUUUUAUACAUUUAAUAUAUCUAUAAUUAAGGGAACCAGGCAGCUCACUUGAAUUGUUUGUUAUUUCCAAGUUUAGUGAUGAGUCAAGACAGCUCAGUUGAACCAUGCUUUUGUGUAUUGAAACCCUUGUAAAAGGUCCCUUCUGGUGACCCUUGUG